GGUGUGGAAGUGCUGGAACUGCUUUGCAUGUUGGGUCCUGAUUACAGACGGUGAGAAAGCUUUCUCCUAUGAGCUGCGUGGGCAGCCGGGGGGACCCAGUCAAUCCGCCGUGGCAGCUCACUGAAACACACCCAACCUGAAUUUGACAGCUGCAGUCGCUCGAAGCCCUCCUGACCAUGGCACCGUGGGCUCAGACCUUCACGCUCGCCUACUUAAUAACGUCAUUGGCGAGAGGGAGAGUGGAAAAGGAGCCCCCGUCCGAGUGCAAACAAUUCCUCUACAUGGGAACACCGCCGACCGGGCUGGAGCACAGCUCCCUCCGGUUCAUCUGCCAACAUUACAACAGGAAGCCCCGCUACAUGACGCUGUUCAACACCCUGGACCACAUACCCGUGUACUCUGCGUACACUUUCAAACGCUCCGACGGGGAGAAAUGCGUGGACGUGCCGUGGAUGUAUGAACCGCAGCUGUCCACAGCCUCGGACACAGAAGAGAUGCAGCCCUUCCCACUUGGUAACAAUCACAUGAAUUUUGAAGACGCCCAAGCCGUCCUGGACGACUACACAAACGCCAUCCUCUACGAGCGCGGCGCCCUCAACCCGGACGAGCAUCAGGACGACCCCGACGACAAGGCCUCCACCUACACACUCACCAACGUCGUGCCCAUGGCGCCCGACGUCAACAACAGAGUGUGGCACACACAGGAGCACAUCAUCCGCAAACGGCUCAACAACUACUGCCAGGGGACGGCUUACGUCGUCACGGGCGUCACCACCUCGGGCAAGAUGAUCCGGCGGGAAAACAUGAACCGCGUAGCAGUCCCGGCCUUCUUGUGGUCGGCUUACUGCUGCGUGGACUACGACCACAACGCUCCUUACGACGAGCGCUACAAGUUCCCAUCUUUUGCCCACUACGCCCGGAAUGAGGGGGAGAACAACGAGGCUGUGGAAGUCUCCGUGGAGAAGCUGAAGGAGUUCCUCAAGAAGACAACCUUUGUGGACAAGAGCUUUCAGAUCUUUGUGGGGGACUGCGUCCCACCAGGGGCCAGAUAAAACUAAGUAGCGUAAACAAUGGUUGUGCUCAAGUGUCCCAGGGAGCUAUGACAGGGAUCAGGUAGCCAGCAUGCAGAGUACCAGGACUAGGAUGUAGAAGCAGCUCAAAGGUAUUGAUUCUGUUGUUCACGCCUGGACCUUUUCUGCUGUGAAAUGUCUUCAUCAGCCGAAUGGAGGAGCUCAACAUGGAAUUAUUUUCAUUGCUAAAAAUGCAUGCUCAGAGAGUGAGUUCCAUAGCGGUGCUAACCCUUCGUUUAGAAAAAGGAAAAAGGUCCAGCUGCUUUGUCUAAUUUGUGUGA